AUGGACAACAAGGAGAAAGAGAAACAGGAGGAGAAGCAUGAAGGAACUGACGUUGAGGAAGAAGAGGAUGAAGAUGGUAACAAGCGCAUUGUGGUGUUGGGCCCCCAGGUUCCCCUAAAGGAACAGCUCGAGCUCGAUAAGGAUGACGAGAGUCUGAGGAGGUGGAAGGAGCAACUCCUUGGGCAAGUAGACACAGAACAGCUUGGAGAAACUGCAGAGCCGGAGGUGAAGGUGCUGAACCUGACCAUCUUAUCACCGGGCCGGCCGGAUCUGGUCCUGCCAAUCCCAUUUCAGGCUGAUGAGAAGGGCUAUGCGUUUGCCCUCAAGGAUGGCAGCCCCUACAGCUUCCGCUUCUCCUUCAACGUCUCCAACAAUAUUGUGUCGGGCCUCAAGUAUACAAACACUGUCUGGAAGACUGGAGUAAGAGUGGAGAACCAGAAGAUGAUGUUGGGGACUUUCAGUCCCCAGCUAGAGCCAUACAUCUACGAGGGUGAAGAAGAGACCACCCCUGCUGGUAUUUUUGCAAGAGGUUCCUAUUCUGCCAAACUAAAGUUUGUUGAUGAUGAUGGCAAGUGCUACUUGGAGAUGAGUUACUACUUUGAGAUUAGGAAGGAAUGGCCAGGAACCCAAUAAUGUGGAUGGAAGGUCGGCUUGAAAUGUGUUAGAGCUCAUAGCUAAGCCAAGCAGAAGAUGUGUUAUUGCUUCUAGAAUGAUUCGUUCACUAUGUCUUCGUCAUGAAGUGCCUUUUGAGUUGUUUGGAGUUCAUCAUUUAACGCUGUUUGUCACAUAAUAUUAUUAGUGCACAUUUUAUAAUGAAUCAUGUAUGGAGAUACUCAGAUAUAUUUAUAUACUGAUUGAUGAACUGUUU